UCGCCGCCGGCAGGGAGGGCGAGGCCGGGGGUGGCCCAGGGAGCGGGGCUGGGGUCGGUGCCGCGGGCUCCCGGCCGGGCGGGACGGCAUCUCCGUCCUGCCCCGCGGACCCGAGGGGCGGCAGCGGGCUGGGUGCACCCCUGCCACAUGCCGGCUCACAGACUGUUUUUCCUUCUUUUCCUUGCCCCCGUCUCGGUGCGGACAAGCCCAGCCGUGGUGGGGAUCAGAGCACAGGGCUGAGGCCUGCCCGGGACCUGGGCACCUGCAGCAGCCAGAGCCAGCCCGGGGCCCGGGCAGAAGGGGCGCGGAGGGCACCGAGCGCGCUCAUGCACAGCCCGCGCCCCGGGAACACCGGCACGGCCCGGCCCUGCGCACCGCGGAACCGCCGGACAGCGGGGCUCGGGCACAGCUGUGUGCAGCUGGGCACAAAGCUUCCACUCCGAGCUACGAAAAGAUACAAAGCGCAUGAAAGGAAGGAGGCGCCGCCAGCGCUCAGCAGCCAGGAGACCGCUGGGGACAGGGACCUGCCACUUCCGCGAUGCUGCGCAGGAGGUCUGCGAGCAAAAGGGUUUAGUGCCUGUCCCUGAUAUUUUGGAACCCUCCUGUGGCACGGCUGCCCUUGGACAGGAGCCCGGCUGCCAGCAUGCAGGGAAGCGCUGCCCGCGGGGCGAUCGUCCCCUGUGACCGCUACAAACACGCCUGUGCUGUCUGCAGAGGGGCUCUGUAUCUCUACGGAGGGCGCGGCAGCAGCACGCUGAGGGACUUCUGGAGGUACCACACAGGGAAAAAUGAAUGGGAAAUGUUGGAUUGCUCAGGAGAUGGUCCAGAAGAACUGGAAGAACAUUCAAUGGUGGCUUAUAAGGGCAGCCUGUGCAUUUUUGGUGGGAUGGUGGAUUCUGCUUUCACACAAGCAAAAACUCCUCUCUGGAUAUAUGACAUUGAUUCUGCAAGAUGGACAGAGAGCUGCAACGAACCAGCAGAGACGGAGAGCUCUGCACCAGCUAACAGAAAAGGUCACAGUGCAGUCGUGUACCACUCCAGCAUGUACAUCUAUGGGGGAUAUGUUGGCAUCAAAGGCAUUUCUCAGGAGUUUUGGGAAUUCCAUUUUGACACAAGGAAGUGGUUGUGUGUCUCCAGCCCCUGCCACAGCAGCGGCCCCGGAGCUCGGCACGGCCACUCAGCAGUGGUUUACCACACAGCCAUGUACCUCUUUGGGGGGCUGAUGGGGCUCACUGAACAGAGGGACUUGUGGAGGUGGGACUUUGGAAGCAGCAGCUGGUCCAGCAUCAGAACAAGCCAAGGACCUCCUCCGGUGGUAGGUCAUGCUUCAAUAGUCUGCAAAGACUCUAUGCUGAUUUUUGGUGGAGGGAUUUCAAAUUCCAGCCCUAAUGAAGACCUCUGGAAGUAUCAUUUCCAUACACAGACAUGGAAGAAGCUUAGUAGUAUUACAAAGGGAAACUUUUCUCCUAAAAUGUAUCACUGCAUCUUAGGAAUUGGUGUGGAUUUCCAAACUACCUCAGGUUUUGCUGAUAGCUUCCCCAGCCACAGCAAGAGUGAGCAGAAGGACUGUCCCCAGCUGGUGCCCAUCCCAAGGCACUCUGGCUUUUGCAGCUACUUCUGCCCACAGCCUACAGAGCGGAGCAACGCCAUCGAAAUGAAAACCUUCAGCCUGCCCCUGGAGCCAGUGGAAUUCCCUGCCUUCCAGACCACUUCAGAGGCAGGACUAGGCCCAAACAGAGUCAGGAGCUGUUUGUCCAAGGACAAGUCUCUCCAUCUGUCGGCCUGUUCGGGAGAGGCUUGUGCUGCUGCUCAGGCUGUGGGUGAAGAGGAGAGAACCGACUGUGGGUGUGCGGCCACAGCGGGUGAGAGCAGCAGUACCAACACACUGCUGCUCAUCGGGGGCAAACCUUUGUCCAGCUUCUCUGAGAUCUCCUUCAGGCAAAUGGAGUUUGAUUGCUUGUGAUUGCUUUGCUUGCAAAGUGAAGGAAUAAAUUUCCACCACCGUGGCAGUAGGUGGAAAACCAACUGCUUGCAACUGUCUUCAGCUUCCUAUCAGCACGCUGGGGAAAAAAAUAAUUAAACCUUCUCAUACUUGCUGUGAACAGAUUUUUUACAAUGUUAAGAAAACCCGACAUAUAUUUAAGUCACAACUUGCAUGUAAGUUGUGAUUUCUGAGAGGAGCUUGUUGAAAUGCUGCUCUUUUUGUUACUUUUCUCCUGGUCACUUCAUACCCUUUCAAGUUGCAAUGGGUGAUGCUGCCUUGAAAAUCAGGACUGCAGAAAUCCAUACUGGCUCCACAAGAUGCCAUUUCAGGGGCAAAGCUUGCUCAUUUUGCACUGGCAUAAGAGAGAAAUACAGUGACAUUUGAGGGAUUCAAUUAGUCUUAAUAGGAAUAUUCUCUAAGAUUUUAAACAUUUUAUAUUCUUGAAUAUAAAAUUGAAUACAUUUGCAACAUGAGAUGGUCUACGACAAAGGAACCCAACAGACAGAUCAGCAACUGAAUUCUAUAAGAUAUUCAAGGAUUGUAUAUAACCUUGAGGAAGUGAAACAAUGAGUGCACCCUGAAAAUCAUCAGCAAGGACCAGAGGAAGGGCAUUAUACCUGUAAGAACAAAGGAUGUGUCAAAUGAGUGUUGGCUUUAAUGACUGAACACAGAAUCAAAAGGGUUUGAUUUCCCACAGCAGGGUGGGGAGGGAACAGAAAGAGGAGGGCUUGACAGAGUGGCAGAAAGCAUGGGCUGUUUCGACUGGUAACUCAUGUUUUAAGCCACAAAUGAAUUUCUGCUUUUCCAACUCCAUCUCUCUUUAAUCACCCUACAUGGUACUUGUCACACAUUUCCCCUCUGUACUAGUAAAUUCUGAGUUCAUAUAUGGUUUUUCUUUGCUAAAAAGAAAAAGUGCGUGUUUUGCAAGGUAAUAUUGUCCAGCAUUCAAAGCAUUUAUUUCCAUAGAAGUUACCAAAUACUGGCCUUCUGACAGAACAUCAGCUGUCUGUAAGAGCUGCUAGUAUCUGAAAUUACCUGGAAGUAUAAAUUAACACAUCCAAGUAUUUGAAAAGUUUACUUUUCAAGUGCUUCAUAGGAAUAGUGACUAUCAAGUCAUCUACGGAUUUCAAGAAUAUAUACAAGUAAAUUGUCAUGUGAAUUCAAUAGGAAAAUUAUAGGUUAUGGUUUUGCCAAAAGCUACUUAAGAGUUAUUUGGACCAUCCACGACCCUUACCUGGAAACAGAGAGGAUUGUAUACUGCCAUGUGAAUAAAGCCUGCUCAGUUUCCUAUCA